CAGCGGGCGUGGGUGCGGCGGGUGCCCUGGCAAGGGGCAGGGUGGCAGGCUGCGCUAGGCUUUGUAGGAGUUCGUAGAACUUCAUAACUGAAGUGGUAAAGGUUGCCCGCUCAACGUGAAGCGUUUUCAGCCUGUGCAUUUAUGGUUCUGUUCAGGAGCAAGCAGAUAAUGGAAAAGCUAGCUUCGUCUCCCGAGGUGGCAAUGCCGACACGGGAAAUGGCAUCAGCAGUUUUUACAAAAGGGGUAUUAAGGGUUGGAUACCAUGGUGCGCAACUUGCUGUCUUAUUGGAGCAUGCUGGAGUUUGCAUGCUCACGUCUUGCCUGAUUUCUUCUCAGAAACUAUGUCAUGAGCUUAUCUUGCUGAGCAAACUGUUACUUGAUGUCUGUUAAUAGAAGAUUAUCAAACAAUUUUGUGACAGCACUGCAUAGGGGACUGGUUGGGUACCUUAAAUUCCUCUCACCAGCACAUCAUGGUAGAUGUGACAGAGGAGGAGAUGGAUAACCCCACAUUUAAAAGCGACACUGUACUUUCUGAUGUUCACUUACACUGUCCAAACAAGAGACGUCUCAUGGUGCGAUUGAAUGCAGUUGGACAACCAGUGUUCCUGUCAUAUUUCAAACUCCUUUGGAACACAGAAGGUUUAGCAUCUGAGAAAUGUGUGAGAGAAUCUACAACAGAAAGAGAAUACCAGUACAGAAGUGGAGAUGAACUGGGUGAUAAGGGCAGAAAAAAACUAAGAAAAGAAAAGGAAUUAAAUAGUGAAGGAGUAGAAGCUCUGCUAGACGAUGAUGGAGACUUGGAAGUAGUCAGAAGACCUCGAAGUGCCUCUGAUGUAGAAGCAGAGGAUCUUUUGAGGGAUAGAGUGCAUCCUGUAAUUCUCAUGAAAGGGAGAGAAGAUGCUUUUGAAGAUGAGCAAGAAUGCACUUGCAGUGAUAUUGUUAAAAUAGAACAUACUAUGGCAACUCCCUUAGAAGAUGUCGGUAAACAAGUCUGGCGUGCAGCCUUUCUUCUUGCUGAUUACAUUUUGUUCAAACGGGACACAUUCAGGUGUUGCUCGGUGCUAGAGCUUGGAGGUGGCACUGGAAUUACAAGCAUUAUCAUGGGAAUGGUUGCCAAGAGAGUUUAUUGUACAGAUGUUGGUGAAGAUCUUCUGGCCAUGUGUGAGCAAAAUGUUGUAUUAAACAAACACCUGAUGGAGCUGGGAAGGGGAGAAGUUAAAGUAAAAAAACUGGACUGGCUGAAAGAAGAAUUCUGCACUGAUCCUGAAGCUCUUUAUAGCUGGUCUGAAGAAGAGAUUGCUGAUUUACAUGAGCACUGUACUGUAAUAAUGGCAGCUGACGUAUUCUAUGAUGAUGGCCUGACAGAUGCCUUGUUCAGAACUCUGUAUAGAAUCACACACAACUUGAGAAAUUCUUGCACAGUUUACCUAGCAUUAGAAAAGAGGCUGAACUUCACUUUAAGACAUAUGGAUGUUACAUGUGAAGCCUACAGUCAUUUCAGAAAUACUCUGAAUGAUUUGGAGAACCUCCAAGAUAGAAAAAUUAAAUAUACUGUAGAGCCCAUUAAGGCUGAUUUUUGCCAGUUUCUCAUCUAUGAACGAAUUGAGCAGUUGGAAUUGUGGAAGAUCAUUGCUGAACAGCUAACAUGACAGGGACAUGAGAAAAUAGAAGAUAUUUUAUUUAAGGAUAAAGGCUUUUUGGAUGUUUUAUUAAAAAAGGAUAUUCAUCCCAAGAAAAGCAUUUUCCUGGUGGAACUGUGUUCUCGGAAAAUAUUGCUAUGCAGAUUUGCUUCAGUAAGUUUUGGGUUUGGCACUUAGGACAUAUGGGAUUUUUGAUAUUUCUUUUACAAAACUGAGUAAUGUUAAUCUUCAGAGUACGUGCUAGAUGCCAAACAGUGGCAUGACAAGGUGACUUGCUCUUUGGGAUUGGUGACGUAGGUUUUAGAGUCUAACAAAGAGGUAUUUAACCUUUUCCAUGUAGCUGGUUUGAGGGUGUCGUGCAUUCUCCUUUUUUGUUUUCUGAAUAUGGACACUGUUCUUGGUCUCAUCCCAGUUCCACGUUGCUUGUAUUUAUGGACAUUUGUGAAACAGUUCUGAGCAAAACCUGUUUAUCUUCCGUGAACUUCUCUUUAAACAAUGUGUUCCUGAAACUUAGUCCUUAAUUUUCAGUUUGUGCUUUCUAAAUCAUUCUAGUUUAGGGCUGCUGUCUGAACUGAAAGGAGACAAGAUGCAUUUUGUUUCAGCCUAUAAAAGUACUCCAUAGAGGUCUUGAAGCUGUGUUGUCCUGCUGGAAUUUUAAGCAUUUCUGUCCUUGCCAGGUUGAGGGUGGGAAGGUAACCAUGUAAAUUGAUAUGCCACUGCUCUCUUAUAAUGUUUGGAAUUCUACCCUUAACGUAUGUAUACAUGUGAGGCUGAGGAGAAGGAGGUGACCAAGAAUGUCUUGCCCAUACAGAACGAGGCCUUCAGUGUUUUAGCUUUUGGAUUAAAGUACAACAUACUGAUCACAUCUCUUCUGUGUUGUUAAUGAAACCAAAAUCUAUUUGUACUUUUUAUAACUUCUCUGUGUACUGUUAUGUUUAUAUCACUUGCCAUAUGUACGCUGUCAAGAAGUUCUUGUGCCUGCUGGAUUCUUUAGCAUUAUGAGAGUAUUGGUGAUGAAGCUGCUCCUGCCUGUGACUCGUGGGAGGCUGCAUACAUUACAUUAGACGCAUCUGGUUGACUUCUUGAAAGUCUGUUUUACGUUUGGUUUAGUUCAAUUGUUUUAAGUUGGUUAUUUUAUAACCUGCUUAUGUGUAUGAAGACUUAUAUUUGUGUGGUCUUUAAUGAGAUGAAAGGUUAUUAGAUGAUGGUGGCCUUUUCCUGUGAGCAUAGUCAAAGUAAAUAUGUUGUGUUAGCAUACAUCUGCCUAGGUUAAUACAGAACUUCUCUCUCAGAACCUUCAUUUGAACUUCAAAGAUACAAAACUGUAUUUGAAUCCAAAGAUUCCCAGAUGGUGUCCUUUUGGUUGGUUGCUUGGAUUGUAACGUUGUUAAUUUUGGUAGAUUAGCUGAUAACAACUGGGUUUGCAUGUAGCUGUUUUUUAAGUAGUAAUUUUAUGAAGGCUGUAGUAUGAAAUUAAUUUGAACUGAUGUGAAAUAGUGUGUGCAGUUAGAGAUUUUUACUUGUGCAGAACUUCUGAAAGUCUUUGCAAUUAUCAACAGAAACUCAUCCGAGUAGAGAGAUGCUGUAGAUCCUUGUAAUAUAAUUCAGCCAUUUUACCACAGCUGGCUUGGAUUAACGUCUGAAAAAUAUUUUUAUGCUUGAAUCUUUGGUUGAGAAAAUACAAACAUCAUGGCUGCUUGGGAAGCAAGCUGAAGUAGAAUUUCCUUCUAAAGAAACAAAGUUAAUCUUUCUUUUGAAGGGAAACAAUGACUUAAGGGUUCAGUGACUGAGGUCUAAAGGCCAAAUUGCAAAUUUGUGUAUGACCCUUUUCACUGAUGAUAAGGGAUAGUCAGCAAGAGGCAACAAUUCUAAGAACACAAUGACAAAGGUCUCACAAUGCCUCAGCUCUGCGAUGUUAAUGAGAAAUCAUGUAGUCUGUCUGGCCAGAGAAUUGUCCGAUGCCACUUACGGAUAUUAAGUACAGAUGCUACCUUCUCAAUUUGGACUUUAAGCAUACUUCAAAUAUGCCAUACACGGUAGUUGUUUUCAGAAUUCAUCUUGCAGAUUUACACCUUUAGUAGUGCACUGUUUAUUAAGAUGAUUAAAAGUGGGGAAUUGUUUAGUCUUGAGUAUAUAUAUUGUGAUUGGAAAUCAAGUUACUGCUUAAAAUGAUAAUGCUUUGAGCACGUUAUCUGUAUUUAUGUAAUCAAGAAGGAUUUUUCUCCUAAUAAAGCGUUAUUUAAAAAAUA